AGGCAUCAGUGAUGCGCGCUGCGCCGGCAAUACACGGCAAUAUACGGGAAUAUACAGCAGUAUGCCAGUAUGGCUUUGGCUGCCGGCGGGUUCGCGUUCUUCAUGUUUUUUCUUGGUAACGGGCCGCGUACUCGGCCGCGGGUGUGCGUCUUCUCCUGAGUUUACAUUUUCUGACAGAUAGAAAGAGAGAGAGAGAAGGAAGACUCUUCGAAACAAUCACCGGAGAAAAAAAAUCGAAUCGUGAUAGAAAAAGGGCAUUCGUUCGAAGGGAGAGAGAGAGAGAGAGAGAUACGCACACAUUUACAUCACACAAUAAAAGAUAGAGAGACACAACCACCCUUGGACAUGCGGCGAAACGUGAAAAUAGUGCUCCUUCUGUCAUGCGCCUGGAUGUUCGCUUUUGUUUACUACUAUCACACGUCCAGAGAUACCAAGGAAAUUAGGGAUGAACCGUUCCAGAACCGGUUUCAAACGAGCAUCAUUCCAGUGACCCGAUUCGUAUCAGAUCUCUAUUUGAAUGAAAACAGAGCAUUGCGACUGAAGGAAUCCGCAUCAUUGGCCCUUUCCCCCGGAAAUUCCGGUGGUUACAUGGACCCAGAUGGUACCGCCAUUGUGAUGUCAUCCGAAUUACUACCUGCACCUACACCCGAUCCAAGAGUUACGUGGAAUUAUUUCGACGAACAAGGAUACGUUUCGAGAGGUGGUUUACGAGCUGGGGAGGAUCCAUACGCAAGAAAUAAAUUCAAUCAAGAAGCCUCGGAUGGUCUUCCAAGCAAUCGGGAUAUACCUGAUACUCGUAGUGCAAUGUGUCGUAUGAAACAAUGGCGAAGAGAUCUACCACCUACUUCCGUCAUAAUUACCUUUCAUAACGAGGCCAGAUCGACGUUGUUAAGAACCGUAGUAAGCGUACUUAAUAGAAGUCCCGAGCAUCUGAUAAAGGAGAUCAUAUUGGUCGACGAUUUCAGCGAUCACCCUGAAGAUGGUGAAGAACUGUCAAGGAUUCACAAAGUACGAGUUAUUAGAAACGAAAAAAGAGAAGGUUUAAUGAGAUCAAGAGUUCGAGGAGCCGAUGCAGCCACUGCUAGCGUUUUAACGUUUUUGGACUCUCACUGCGAGUGUAACGCCGAUUGGUUGGAACCCCUUUUAGAGAGAGUAGCAGAAGAUCCGACGAGAGUUGUUUGUCCUGUAAUCGACGUUAUCAGCAUGGAUACGUUCCAAUAUAUCGGUGCAUCGGCAGAUUUGAGAGGAGGGUUCGAUUGGAGUUUGGUUUUUAAAUGGGAGUAUUUGAGCCAAGCUGAAAGACAAGCACGACAAAAGGAUCCAACGCAAGCAAUCAGAACGCCAAUGAUAGCUGGUGGAUUGUUCGUCAUCAAUAAAGCUUAUUUCGAGAAACUUGGAAAAUACGACACUCAAAUGGAUGUCUGGGGUGGUGAAAAUCUUGAAAUAUCAUUUCGAGUAUGGCAAUGUGGUGGCAGUUUGGAAAUCAUUCCGUGUUCUCGAGUGGGUCAUGUCUUUAGAAAACGUCAUCCUUAUUCUUUUCCUGGAGGUAGUGGGAACGUAUUUGCACGGAACACGAGACGUGCUGCUGAAGUAUGGAUGGAUGAUUAUAAACAAUUUUAUUAUAAUGCUGUACCUCUUGCACGGAACAUCCCUUAUGGAAAUAUUCAAGACAGAAUGGAACUGAAACGAAAACUGCACUGCAAGCCUUUUAGUUGGUAUUUGAAACACGUCUACCCCGAAUUGGUGAUCCCUACAAGUGAGGGUGGUCCAGGAGGAUCUCUAAAACAAGGCACGGCUUGUCUGGAUAGCAUGGGCCAUUUGCUAGAUGGAAACGUUGGUUUAUAUCCUUGCCACGAUACCGGUGGCAAUCAAGAAUGGGGCCUCACCAAAGAUGGUCUGAUAAAGCAUCACGAUCUUUGCCUGACGUUACCACUUUACGCGAAAGGCACGACGCUUCUCAUGCAAAUUUGCGAUGGCAGCGAAAAUCAGAAGUGGCGACACUUGGAAGGUGGUCUCAUAAGGCACUCCAGGAUUCCUGUCUGCGUGGAUUCCAGAUAUCACGCUCAACGUGGAAUCACCGCUGAGAAAUGCGAGUCUAACGCGGAAACCCAGAGGUGGCAUCUCUACAAUCACACUCACUAGCUUCCAUCGUCCUCUCGAUAAAGAACGAUAACCUUACUCGACCGCGUAAUAAUAAUACAUCUUUCGUCUCUAGAGUUCGCCGAAUUUUCUAAAGGAUCGAUCCUUUUGUUAUUUCGAUCGUUUCGAAAACCGAACGUGCGAAACGAAUUCUUUAUUGCAAAAAAAAAUAGAAAGAUUUUCCUACUCUAUCUUUUUUCUUCUUAUCUUAUCUUUCUUUAUCCAUCACACUUUGUUUGGGCCUAGAACAAAUCAUCCUUUUUUGAAACUUAUCGCGGAUCAUACACACGGUUUUUUUUUUUUAUUGUAAACCCCAAUCAUACGAUGACUCAGAAUUCUCUUUAUAUUAUAAAAUGUAUUACGUACGGGUGCAGACAAGAAAAAAAGAAACGAAAAAAGAAAAGAAUAAGGAUUUCGUAUGUUCCCAUUGCGAUUUGAUUUACUUGAAUACUUAAAACAUUUAUCUAAUGAUCUCAAAAUACAAUCGUUCGUGCGGUUAGUUGUUUUGUUUUUUUGUACAUUUACAUUAUAUUCAAGGUACUUCACUUUUUCUUUUCUUUUUUUUAAGUCGGAUUUUUGGCGAAAUUACUUUCGCCAUAGUGAUAUUUUUUAAAUAUAUUAGAAGAUACUCGACAAGAGAUUUUGCAUUUUGCUUGUGAAUACUAAUUUGAGAUUACAAGUACUACAUACCUUAUAGAGAAGAAAGAAUCGAUAGAACAAUGUGUGCGAAAUAAACCUAGGUUCGAUUAUUUUUAUUUUUUUAUAUACUCUUUACUAGUCAUUCACGAUGUUAUGUCUACUCUCCACAAGUGUGUUUAUUUUUUAUUGUUAUCUAUAAAAGAUGUAUGUGUAGAGGAACGAAAAGAGAUUAUUUGUUACGACUUGACGAUUAUCGAUGGUCAACGAUAGCACGAAGAUCGAUUAGAAAAGCUUUUUUAGUCGCGUCUUUACGAGUCUGAAAAAAAUUCAUCUACGCUACGUCCAUUCUUUUUCUUUCUUUUUCUUCUUCCUUUUUUUAUAUAGCAAAUUUAAAUAAAUUUUUUUUAGGCGUUUUCGGUCACAUCGAGAUUUUUUAUCUCCGAUCCAAAAGAGUGGAAUUAUGAGACGAAGCGAGUCGUUUCUCUUAUUUCGACUCCACGUUCUAUGAUUCCCGAAAAUAUAAAGAGAUUUAUUUUUGUAAGAAAUUAUAUAUUUACUUGGUUGUGUGCGAACGGAUGGGAAUAGCGAUACGAUUUAUCGUUUGAUGAUUUAACGCAUUGCGGACCGAUCUAUCGAUUAAGUAUAAUUAUAUAUAUAUAUAUAAUUAUGUGUUCGGAUCUCACUUCGAUGAAGCGUAGAAACGAUUAGUAUAAUUAAUUAUUAUAAGCUCGUCCGCAACGCGUUAAACUAAAAGGCGAAAGUACAUAAAUAUAUUAUAUUACACGGUGACUUAAAUAGCAAUAUAUGAUAUGGAUCUUUAAAUUUAGGCUGAUCGGCAUGUGAGAUGGCUUUUUUUAUGCCUCGACUUUUCGCCGAUAACGAUUAACUGCCGCCGUUUUUGCGCCAGGAUUCGCAUCUACUGGAGAUUGAAAUAGAAAAAUAUUGUACGAUAUUGCGUGCUUGGCAUUAAGCUUUUGUAUGAUAUUGCGCCCAUCCGAAUGUCGUCGUCAAUGUUGAUAACCGUAGUCGAAAAUGUUUGUUGGGAGAUUGUUUUUUUACAUAUUGAUACUUUAAAUAGGUAAUAACGUUUCUUAGUGUAGAUAUUAUAAACGAACAUUCGUUGAAUAACGAAUAUAUUGUACAUUAAUUAGAGAAUGAGAAAAUACGAUAUUAAUGUGAAUGCGUUACACACGCCUACGUAUUCGUAACAUUAUCAUUCAAAUUUAAAGAUUGACCGAAUUAAUAUAGAUUUUAUUUUAAAAUUUGUAUUCGAUAAAAUUCACGUUUAUCAGACAUACCUGUUUUAUAUAAAAUUAUUAUUGUAAUAUUAAUGAAUCAUAAUGUUACGUCUAAGUUGGUUGUUAUAUGCAUACAUAAAUGUUGACGAAUUCUAUACGUCUGUUUCAUAUUUAAGAUACGCUCGCAAAGUCAAAAUGUGGUAGACGCGCAUCCAGGUGCAAGAAUUGUAGGAUUUGUGAUAAAAGUUUGGUCUUUCGGUGUUCUGCAUCGGAAUUCUUUCACUUUCCAGACAACUUUCUCACGAAUUCCUACUUUAUUAAAAAUGGAGGUAUUCACUUCCAUGCAGAAUUAUACGAAAAAAAUCUUGUAAAUAAUUUUACAUAUUCUAUUAUCUUCCUCCCGUCCUAAAUUCUCGAAAUACUAUUUCACUGCUAUAAUAAAUAUCGAUACUUUUUCUCUUUGCUUCCGUGCAUGAUAAAAAAGUUGAAACUACAAAGUUUCUCUAUCUUAAUUAUGCUGAUACUUGUAAAUAAACCCUACCACAGUGAAAAUAUAAAUGUAAAUCGAUGAAAGAAUGGAGAAUUGUACUUUCCAAAUCUAUAAACUGUAUGAUAACACAGAGAAUUCGAGAUUUAAUUAAGAUAGUAAGUAAUCAGUCAAUGUUAACAUUCUUAUCCUAUAAAAUAUCUUUGUAAUUGACGAGGAAACGCAAAUAAAAUACGAAGGCUAAUUAGUGAAAUAUUCCUUACGUAUUUUUAUUUGUCAUUUCUUCUGAAUCGUUAGGAAAAUCAAUUUUACUAUAAGAGAAUGUGAUUGUGAUCGAAUAUAUUUCAAAUAAAUCAAAAAUAUAUUAAGGAUAAUUAGGAUUGUAAAAUAAUAAAAUCACACUGAUUUUAUAAUUUUACGUCACAUAUAUUAAAAAAAAUAAUUCCGUUUAAAUUAAUAUUGCGAAAUUGUUUUUUUUUAAUAUCAUCUUUUCGUCUUAUAAAAAUUGAUUUGUUUUCAAAGCAAAAAUAUCUAUAUUCUCCUCCAUCCUAUAUUUCGCAAAUGUAUAAUAAUUAUUACAUAUGCAUAAAUGUAUACAUACAUAUAAAUAUAAGAUAAGAUUACAAUAUUACAGUAAUUCUAGAUAAAGUUUUUCUAAUAAAAUUAUAGGACACUUCUGCU